CGCACCCCAGGACGCUCUCUCCGGGAGCCAUCGGUGUCCUUGGCCGUGGCGGUGCAGACCAUGGCGGCGGCGCCCACGGUGUGCGCUUUGCAGGGGCCCCCGUCGGGUGUCCAGUCGGCCCCAGCAGCCGCAGCCGCGCCCGCAGCCGGCCUGGGUCGCUGCCGGAUGGCGCUGCUGCUGGCUGUGGCGCUGGACGUGGCGGGCAUGGCGGCUCUGCUGACCGGUGUGUUUGCACAGCUGCAGGUGCGCGGCCGCGACUUUGGCGACCUGCUCAUCUACUCUGGCGCGCUGCUAGUCUUUCUGAGCCUGCUCGGCUGGAUCCUCUGGUACACCGGCAACAUCGAGAUCUCGCGCCAGGAACUCGAGCGCGACUACGGUCUGCGGCCUUCGGCGCUAGCCCGCCUAGCACGCAAGCUUUCCCGCCGCUGGUCGGCGCCUGCCGCCACUGGACUGCGCCCCGGGCCGGCCUCCCGGGGAGCGCGCCGAGGCGUCCGCGCGCCCCCGCCGCCCACCGCCGGCUCCCGCCGCGUGCGCCUGCAGCUCGCCACGCUUGAAGCCGGACCCGGGGCGGCGGGAGCUGGCAGCGAGUGAGCCCCAGACCACCUCAUGGCCUCACCUGUCAGGACUGGACUCAGAUGUGCAACUGCCCCUACACCCUACUGUGCUGUCACCAGGACACUGCCUGUCCCUCCUCUACCCCUCUAUGCUCUCUGUGAUAAACGGCUCUGCCUCACAGUGUUA